AUGGCGUCCACCACCUCGAUGAGCAGCGUCACCAGCACGGGCACCGCUACUCGCAGCUUCUUCUUCCUCCUCCUCCUCCUCUACUUCUACAACCACCACUACUUUGUCGACUGGCUCUACGUCGUCAUCUACGUCUUCGUCGCCCCUCCUACACAGCGCCACCGAAGCCACCCACUCCGGGUCUACGUCGAGGCGUCACCGUCUCCUUCAUCCUCUUCAACCGCCGCCGCCUCCUCCUCCUCGUCGUCGUCGAUUCACUUCAACUCGAGCUCGUCCGAGGAUGACGAAAGCAGCAGCUCGGCCCACGGCAGCCCGUUCGUAUCAUCGUCAUCGCGCGGCGGCUCGCAGUCGCUCAGCUCGUCGGCGCCCUCGUCCACCACCACGCUCUUCGUGCCCGCCGCCUCGCCCUCCUCCUUUGGCGCUUCGGCCCCCGUCGCCGCCGCACUGGCCGCCUCCCUGGGCCUCGCCAACGCCGGCAGCAGCGGCGGCGGCGGAGGCCUGGGUUCGCCCUCGGCGGCCACAGCGGCGGCGGCGGCCGCUGCAGCGUACAUGGCGUCGCCGACGGGCCACCUGCUGUCGCGGUCGAUGUCGGCCUCGAAGCUGCACCAGGUGAUGAAGAAGAAGAAGGCCAACGUGCGGUACAAGGACCACUGCGACAACUGCCUGACCGACCAGACGCCCCAGUGGCGCAAGGGCCGGCGCGGCGAGACCUUUUGCCAGGACUGCGGCCGCUCCGAGAGGCGACACGACUACGCCCGCCUCAAACGGGAGAGGGAGAAGGCGAUCGAGAAGACGUUGAUCGACUUGCUGGAGAACAGCGUGUACGUGCCCCGGUGGGGCCAGGCCGGCGCGGCGCCAGCCCGCCAGCAGCAGCAGCCACAACAGUCGACCGAGGGAGAGCGCGAUGAUGACCGCGACGCAGAGGAGGAGGAGCAGAGCGCAGAGAGCAGUCUCAAGUCGGCGGCCAAUAUGAGCGAGGCCAUGGUCGAGCCGACGCCAGCGGGCGAUGACAUCCGCGAGAACGGCGGCCACAACGAGAUGGACCGCGACGGCGACUCGGACGGCCAUCAAGCCUCCGCCGGCGCCGACAGCGGCAGCAUCGUCGGAAAGAGAAAGAAUGUGGAAGACGACGGCGAUGAUGAGAAGAAGAAGAACGACGAGCACCAGGCAACGUCGGUGGUGGUGGAAGAUGGCGGAGGCGCGGCGAUGGAAUGCGCUAGCGGCGUUGAGGAAGCGUCGCCUGCAGCGCUGGUCGCAGAAGAUGGGAAGGCCGAGGCUGAAGAACAGGGGUCGCCGGCGACCAAGCGGCGGCGGUUACCGAACGCGCCAGCGGGGCAGCCCUCGCCCGUCCGGCUGGCCAAGCGCCGAACAUCGCCUGCAGCCACCACCACCCAGGCCCACGGCGCUGGUGCGGUGGUGGGCAGCGAGAACAACGGAACGACGACGCCGGCUCUCGCCGCAGCGAUGACACAAAACAACAUCGACGCCAACAGCGACGGCGACGAGCUCGCCGCCGCGGUGGAGAGCGUUGCGGCAGCCCCUGCGCCCGUGCCGGUGGAGAACAUGGACGGGUGA